UUUCAUUUUCCCUUUUGUUUACUCAUGCUCGUCUGCUCAGCCACUUGGCUCAAGUUUCAAACAGCUAAAUCAUGGCUUCUCUGUAUACUUUUGCACCGCCAUCAUACUCAAUUGGAAUCCUCCGCCGUCCCUCACCGGCAAUUUGUUCCCCUUUCCUUAACCGUGUUGUUCCUGCCGGCCUUAAUUUGAACGGCAAUCUCAAUGUAAGCCCUUUCAGAUUCGGUACGGAACUUUAUCUGCAAGAAAAGAAGAGGCGGGGUCGAGUAUCUGCAUCAAAUACGAACCCUGAGAAAAAAGCAGAUGACACUAAAUCGAGUGAUGGUGCUUCAAGUCCUCCAUUCCUGACGAUUUUAGCUGGUCUCCUAGUCUUCUUGUUCAUCUCUUGGAUAAUAGGAUCCGUAGUAAUGUGGAUUAUUGGCUUUGUUUUACAUCCUCCACAGUUGAAAUGAGACUGAGUUACUAGUGGAUUAUUGGCUUUGUUUUACAUCCUCCACAGUUGAAAUGAGACUGAGUUUAACAUCGUUA